CGUCCAUCAUCCUUUAUCCGAACAAUCAUCAGCACAUCAAGGGAUGUGAGAAGCGAAGGGAUUCCUUCAUGGCUACCAACGAGACUCCCAACACUGGAAAUACUCAGCCUCAGUCCCAGGUGGAGCAAAACAUUGUGUACAGUCGGGCAUGUCAGCAGUGUAAUCGUAAGAAGACCAAGUGCGACCGUGUUCGUCCUGUGUGUGGCCUGUGUCAUCGGACAGGCAUCGAAUGCGAAUUUCCCCUCAAGCGAAAGACCACUGUCCAGAGCUCGCGACCAAGGAAGAGGCCUUCGCCGGCUGUUAACGAAAGCCUAGAGCGGCUUCUCGAGAUUCUUGAGACCCGCGCAUUGAGCCGAAGUGUAUUUGAUCAAACAUCGCCAGCAGUAGCCGGGUUCUUCGCUCAUGGGGGCCCUUCAGAGGCGAAUCUGGAUCAGGUGGAAUUUGGCGUCUCUCCAAGCCCAAGUGUACCAACAUCAACAAUUGGAACAACCCAAGAAAGCAUAUCUUCGGAUGGUCAGCAGCAUGGAUAUGUCGAAUGUACAGCUGCAGAGCUAUCUUCUCGCUCUCUACCUUCCCAGUCCCCAGGUAGCGGCAACGACUCGAUUUUUCUUCAAGGCGAAGGAGCAGUCACUGAGCCACCAUCAGGUCGCAUUCCAUGCCCACUCGCCCUAGUCCUUGUGGAUAUUUUCUUUGAACAUAUCCAAUGCUGGCUGCCGAUAUUUCACAAACCAAGGUUUAUGCGUAAAUAUGCCCCUAUAUUGAGUAGGGAUGAUGUCCUUUCUGGAUUACCUCCUGAGGAAGGCUUGCUGCUCAGUUCUAUGUUCUCGCUGGCAGCGUGCCAUUGCAACCACGAGUCUCUCAGCCGAAAACCUGCCUUGGAACGUGGAAGAGAAUUUUCGGAGAUGGCUAAUAUAUAUUAUGCCCGCGGUAGGGAGAUAGAUGAUCCCACGCUUGUUUUUCUUCAGGGCUGCGUUCUGCUAGCAUUCUACCAUUCUUGCUCGGGUACAUCGACACAAGGUUGGAUACUGAUAGGUGUCUGUGCAAGACUUGCCUACGAUCUGGGUCUAUCCAGCGUGGAUGAUGAACAUUCUGAGACUGCACAGGGCAAGUCGUGGUCUGAAAAGGAGGAGAUGCGAAGAGCCUGGUGGCUAGUAUGGGAGCUGGACGUCUUCGGAAGUAGUACCUUCUGCCACCCAUUCAUGAUCGACGCCCGCAGGAUGUCCGUUCUUCUUCCAGUUUCAGACGAGCUGUGGUUUGAUGACAAGGAGACCUCGUCGGCAGAGUUGCAGAUCCAACCAGGUUGCUGUUGGAAAUCGUUGCAGGGUGCACAGAACCAAAGUGAGAGGGCUUGGUUUCUCGUUGCAAACUUCCUGCUGUCAUCGGCACAUUCCGCUUCGCAACAGAAACGCCAUAUCUCUCUGGAAAAGCAGACAAUGCUGGAGAAUGACUUGAGCUGCUUGAGGCUGGCGCUUCCAAACUCUAUGGCUCUUGGUUCCGACGUGGUAGACUUUGGGCCAAAUUCAACUCAUGCAAGAAAUUGGGUCAUUGGCGCGCAUCUUAUGCUCUCUGCCACCUCUCAUAUUUUGUCCAGGACUAAUAUGAAGCGUGAAAGUUCGGCGAGCUUUGCAAUGAAACAUCACACAAAUGAUGGAAUAUCACUCCCAACGAGAAAUAUAGCGUACUGGAAUGCCAAGAUACUCUCGCAGUGGUCACCGGAAGAUGUCGCCGACUCGCACCCUUUCUUUGCGUUCCUGCUCAUAUUUCCUCAUCCCACAAUUACCACCUCAAUUGCUGGCGAUGAGGAUACUUUGUCGUCCUGCCGAGAACUUACGAUGUUGUUGCAACGGCAAAUUUCGCGAAGAUGGAGAUGUGGCUCCAUUGCGUUAAGAGUGAAUGAAAUUUGCCAGGAUCCACAAAUGACUUUGUUGCCAGCAGACAGAGCGUUAGUAAAAAGAUAUCCAGCUUUCAUACCAGGAUCAGUACACAGCGUUCAAACGCCGGCUGAGUCGCGUGCGUACAAAGAAAAUUCGAGGAUGCUCCCCAGCGGCGAAUUGCAGAGUAGGCAUCGGACACAAUUUGAAGGGUUUCAAGUUGAUCAAGAAAAUCAAGACUGUGCUGAAGCCGAUCUAUCGCAGCUCAUAGAAUUGGAUUUUCCCCAAGUCGGAGAGAAUUUUGAUACGAGACUCUUCCUUGGUCAAGGGCUACAUCUUGAGGACGAUCCGUUCACAACGUUGCUCGUAUAAAGUCGCGCAAUGAUCUACAACGGAUAGGAAAAUUUAAUCAAAGGAUGUGACUCUAGAAAAAUAUUGAAUUGUGGCAACAUGGGUUUCAUAGUUCGCAUACCAAU